GGGGCGGGCCCGCCGGGAGCCAGGCCGCGCGGCGCCGCGCCGGCCGAGAGAGGUCCGGAUCCCGGACCAUGGCGGCUGCGGGGGUCGCCGAGGGGCGGCGCGCGGCCCUGGAGGCGGCUGCGGCGGCGGCUCCUGAGCGGGGCGGCGGGAGCUGCGUGCUAUGCUGCGGAGAUCUGGAGGCCACGGCGCUGGGCCGCUGCGACCACCCGGUGUGCUACCGCUGCUCCACCAAGAUGCGGGUGCUGUGCGAGCAGCGCUACUGCGCCGUGUGCCGCGAGGAGCUGCGCCAGGUGGUCUUUGGGAAGAAGCUUCCUGCCUUUGCCACCAUCCCCAUCCACCAGCUGCAGCAUGAGAAGAAAUACGAUAUCUACUUUGCAGAUGGAAAGGUGUACGCGUUGUACAGGCAGCUGCUGCAGCACGAGUGCCCGCGGUGCCCCGAGCUGCCGCCUUUCAGCCUCUUCGGGGACCUGGAGCAGCACAUGCGGAGGCAGCACGAGCUCUUCUGCUGCCGGCUGUGCCUCCAGCACCUCCAGAUCUUCACAUACGAACGCAAGUGGUACUCGCGCAAGGACUUGGCCCGGCAUCGCAUGCAGGGGGACCCCGAUGACACGUCGCACCGCGGGCACCCGCUCUGCAAGUUCUGCGACGAGCGCUACCUGGACAAUGACGAGCUGCUUAAGCACCUGCGCCGCGACCACUACUUCUGCCACUUCUGCGACUCCGACGGGGCCCAGGACUACUACAGCGACUAUGCCUACCUGCGCGAGCACUUCCGGGAGAAGCACUUCCUGUGUGAGGAGGGCCGCUGCAGCACGGAGCAGUUCACCCACGCCUUCCGCACCGAGAUCGACCUCAAGGCCCACAGGACGGCCUGCCACAGCCGCAGCCGUGCCGAGGCGCGCCAGAACCGCCAGAUCGACCUACAGUUCAGCUACGCGCCACGGCACUCGCGCCGGAACGAGGUGACAGGCUGUCUGCUGGCCGCAGGGGUCGUCGGUGGCGAAGACUACGAGGAGGUGGACAGGUACAGCCGCCAGGGCCGAGUGGCCCGGGCCGGCACUCGUGGAGCCCAGCAGAGCCGCCGAGGAAGCUGGAGGUACAAAAGGGAGGAAGAGGACCGAGAAGUAGCAGCUGCUGUCCGGGCUUCCGUGGCUGCACAGCAGCAGGAGGAGGCACGCAGAAGUGAGGACCGGGAGGAAGGCGGCCGGCCCAAGAAGGAGGAGGCAGCGGUGCGGGGUCCUGAGGAGCCCCGUGGCCCCCGGCGCCCACCCCGGACUCAGGGUGAAGGCCCAGGCCCUAAGGAAACUUCGACAAAUGGUCCUGUAAGCCAAGAGGCCUUCCCAGUGACGGGCCCAGCCACCCCAUGCACCCUCCCACCACCCAGCCCUAAGCUCAAGGACGAAGACUUCCCCAGCCUCUCUGCCUCCACUUCCUCCUGCUGCUCCACUGCAGCAAUCCCGGGCCCUGUGGGGUUGGCGCUGCCGUACGCCAUCCCUGCCAGGGGCAGGAGUGCCUUCCAGGAGGAGGAUUUCCCUGCCCUGGUGUCCUCGGUGCCCAAGCCUGGCACCACUCCCACCAGCCUCGUCUCUGCCUGGAACAGCAGCAGCAGCAGCAAGAAGGUAGCACAGCCCCCACCCUCAGCGCAGGCUACCGGAAGCGGCCAGCCCACCAGAAAGGCUGGGAAGGGGAGCAGGGGCGGCAGGAAGGGCGGCCCGCCCCUCACACAGGAGGAGGAGGGUGGCAGUCCGGCCGCUCAGGAGCUUCUAAGCACAUGCCCCACGGGCUCCAUCUCCUCCCCAUUGGGGCCAGUCUCCAUCCAGCCCUCUAAAGUUGGCAAGAAGAAGAAAGUGGGCUCAGAGAAGCCUGGCACCACACUGCCACAGCCCCUGCCCGCUAGCUGUCCCCCUGGGCCUAUGCAGGCCCCGGAAGCUCCGGCCAGCAGAGCCGAGGGACCAGUUGCUGUCGUCGUUAAUGGACACACAGAGGGCCCGGCCCCAGCUCGGAGUGCCCCCAAGGAACCCCCAGGGCUCCCAAGGCCCCUGGGGUCCUUCCCCUGCCCCACGCCACAGGAGGACUUCCCAGCGCUUGGCGGCCCCUGUCCACCCCGGAUGCCACCGCCCCCAGGCUUCAGCGCUGUGGUGCUCCUGAAGGGCACACCUCCCCCACCCCCGCCGGGCCUGGUGCCCCCCGUCAGCAAGCCGCCCCCAGGCUUCUCUGGCCUUCUGCCUAGCCCCCACCCGGCCUGCGUUCCCAGCCCCACCACCACCACCACCACCACAAAACCACCCAGGCCGCCGCCUGCUCUGCAGGCCUACCUAGUCCCCGAGAACUUCCGGGAGAGGAACCUGCAGCUCAUCCAGUCCAUCAGGGACUUCCUGCAGAGCGACGAGGCCCGCUUCAGCGAGUUCAAGAGCCACUCAGGGGAGUUCAGACAGGGCCUGAUCUCCGCAGCCCAAUAUUACAAGAGUUGCCGGGACCUGCUGGGGGAGAAUUUCCAGAAGGUGUUUAAUGAGCUGCUGGUCCUACUGCCCGACACAGCCAAGCAGCAGGAGCUCCUGUCUGCACACACGGACUUCUGCAACCGCGAGAAGCCUCUCAGCACCAAGUCCAAGAAGAACAAGAAGAGCGCGUGGCAGGCCACCACCCAGCAGGCGGGCCUGGACUGCCGUGUGUGCCCCACCUGCCAGCAGGUGCUCGCACACGGCGAUGCCAGCAGCCACCAGGCGCUGCAUGCUGCCCGGGACGACGACUUCCCCUCCCUGCAAGCCAUCGCCAGGAUCAUCACGUAGCUCCCGCCAGCAUGGCCAGAGCCAUCGCGCCAUGAGCGCCCUUCCUCCUUCCUUCCUCUCCGGGCUGCCGGGCAGCCAGGUAAGGCCCAGUGAGGCCACCUGGCCUCUUGGUUGGCCAGGCCCACCAGGAAGUCACCAGGAUGGUCCACCCGACCUGUUGGCACACUCAGGUGGGAGUCCACCCCUGCCUCAGUGGUGGGCCAGUCUCAGUUUGCAUUCUUGUGCUUUUGGGAGGCGCCAGGGGAGGGAAGGGCUGGGAUGCUGGGACCUGUUGUUGCUGGCAAAGCCAGAGGUCACAGUGGCCUGAUCUGGGCCCUCCCGAAGCUGAGGGCUGCCGCCCCUGCGGCCUCAGAGCUGAAAGCUGCGGCUCCACAGGUGCCAGAGUCAGAUGUCACAGGUGUGUGUUGUGUAAACAGUUGGCUGUUUCGUGCUUCAAGAAUAUUCAGGAUUAAAAGCAGACAAGAAAUUGUGCUACUUGAAGUUGAAUCUUUUUAUGAGACAAGCUAAAGCUGAAUCUGGGAUCUUAAAUUGCCUCUGACCUUUUAUAAGACAGUUUAUCUUCAAAUAAAUUUAUUUUGCAAUACCACA